AUGGACCAGCGAGCAUGUUUCGGCAACGGCAGCAGCGGUGAUGGUCGCGUCGCGUCGUGUGGCGGUCACUCCCGCCCACACCCAUUGCGCCGCUGCGAGGGAAUUGCCAUGCUCCCCCCACCUGAUUGCGCUCAGUCCCCCCACCUGAUUGCGCUCAGUUCCCCCCCCCCUGAUUGCGCUCAGUUCCUCCUUCCCCCUCCCCCCUUUCCUAUCACCCCUUCACCCUCUCCCCUCUUCUCCCUGUUCCUCUCUCUUCUUACCGCCUCUCUCUCUCUCCUAUUCCUGUAUCCCCUAUCUACUGCCUUCGCCAAGCCUGACUGUCCUCCUCUCUCCCCCCUGUCCUCCUCUCUCCCCCCUGUCCCCCUCUCUUUCCCCUGUCCUCCUCUCUCCCCCCUGUCCUCCUCUCUUCCCCUGUCCUCCUCUCUUCCCCCUCUCCUCCUCUCUUUCCACUGUCCCCCUCUCUUCCCCCUCUCCUCCUCUCUUCCCCCUUUCCUCCUCUCUUCCCCCUGUCCUCCUCUCUUCCCCCUGUCCUCCUCUCUUCCCACUGUCCCCCUCUCUUCCCCCUCUCCUCCUCUCUUCCCACUGUCCCCCUCUCUUCCCCCUCUCCUCCUCUCUUCCCCCUGUCCUCCUCUCUUCCCCUGUCCUUCUCUCUUCCCCCUCUCCUCCUCUCUUCCCCUUUCCUCCUCUCUUCCCCCUGGCCUCCUCUCUUCCCCCUGUCCUCCUCUCUUCCCACUGUCCUCCUCUCUUCCCCCUCUCCUCCUCUCUUCCCCCUGUCUUCCUCUCUUCCCACUGUCCCCCUCUCUUCCCCCUCUCUUUUUUCCCCACAGUCCUCCACUCUACCCCCUGUCCUCAUUUCUCGACACGUGCUCCUCUCUCUCGUCCCUUCCUCCCCUCUCUCAUCCCUUCCUCCCCUUUCAUCCCUUCCUCCCCUCUCAUCCCUUCCUCCCCUCUCAUCCCUUCCUCCCCUCUCUCAUCCAGUCCUACACACAUUCCCUCUCAUUGUGA